CCCGAUGUGCAAGCCUUUACGAUCCAGGGAUUGCACCGCUUCAUGCGCCCUGAGUUCUUUCGAGCGCUGCCGCAUUUCACAUCCCUCAAAUCGCUGCACUUGUCUUUCUGCAAGCUGAACAGCCUCUGUCAGCUGGGGCGGAUAAUAUGUGCCUUCCCACAGCUCAAACACCUCAGUCUCGAAGGUUGGAUCAUAGCUGAUCAGGGUUCAUCCAACCACACCGGAGUCAUCCAUCUUCAGUCGUGGACCAAUAUACGGCUUCAGCUUCUUCAGAUUACACUGGAUACGAGCCACGAGGCGGAAGAAUACAAGACUAUCAUCGAGUGGAUCGUGCGCUCAGGGAUCUGCAACUCCCUUGAACAUUUGAUGGUCUGGGCGGCAGGCUCACGGCGCCUGCCACUCACCCUGCUCCUCGAGGCGGCUGGACCAUCGUUGAUUCACUACUUUGAGGACAAAUUCCCAUCCAGAUGCCACGGCACUCUCAUACCAAGCACCGCCUUGCGGUUUCUCGACUUCAGCUUGCACGGCGGUGUCAUCCAGGGCACCGGCAAGUCGGUCGACAGCUGGUUGAGAUCUAGACUCGCGCGCGAACUGCGCAGUGUCUUCUCGACUGUCCGGAGCCACCAGCUCGAGCAAGUCAGCAUCAAGACUGAGCUCCCGUUUUAUGGGAGUGCACACAUGGGCCCUCAGCCCCAGGACGUAGCCGGGGACCCCGAUCUGCGGGAUCUACACGGGACCAUGGGUCAACCAUACUUUGAUAUGCUGAAGGGCGUCAAGGUGUCGGUUCGUGUCUUGUACGCUUGGCACGAGGGGAGGAAGCUGGAAGUGGACGAGUUUGACGGCAAGGUGUCAGUGCCCUUGCCUCCUCGCACGUGCUUAUAGCUGUGCUCGUAGCUCACUCAGUCGUCUGGCAGCUGGACAGACGAGAGAAGCAGUAUCGACGAGGUAUUGUCAACGCCAGCAUCCGCGAAGCGAGCAUCGAGGGCGGCAUAUAUUUCGCUCAUCCGGGGUUAUAUCGUUCGUUCGAGCAUACUAAGCACUUACUUUCAAGACGCGCGCAGAUAACAGCAGACACUGAUUUGGUGGCGCUGGAAUGGGUGGGUGCACCACAUCUAUCGCCCUGUUCGCGAAGUUCGUAUGUACAUAGAGACGCGUUCGUGUAUCAACAAUUUCAGACAGGUAUGCCAUCAGCACUGCAUCGCGAGGUUCUUGCACGCAAGAAAUCCAUGAAACCUGGUGCUUUGUAGGAACUUACGAUACAGUACGCCGGUAGACCGCAAUGGAAUCUUGUGUCUUGGUC